AAUAUGUUGUAAUGUCAUCACUUUUACAAUCCAAUGGUUCUAAUUUGUGAGCAACCAAUCCCCUCUAUUCCACACCAUUGGAUUAGUAAUGCACAAAUCAAACCAUUAUAUAUACCAAGUAUGAGAAGAAGCUUUGCAAUCUAGCAACAGAAGCACAAGAAGAAGAAAGGGAGAAAGAAAUGGCCUCCUCAAUGAUCUCUUCCCCAGCUGUUACCACCGUUAACCGUGCCUCUCCGGCACAGGCUAGCAUGGUGGCUCCAUUCUCUGGCCUCAAGUCCAUGGCUGGUUUCCCAGGUGCCAGAAAGGCCAACAAUGACAUUACCUCUAUUGCAAGCAAUGGUGGAAGAGUGCAAUGCAUGCAGGUGUGGCCUACACAAGGCAAGAAGAAGUUCGAGACUCUCUCCUACCUGCCACCCCUCACUCAAGAACAAUUGGCAAAGGAAAUAGAUUACCUUCUUAGGAAGGGAUGGGUUCCUUGCUUGGAAUUCGAGUUGGAGCACGGAUUUGUGUACCGUGAGAACCACAGGUCACCUGGAUACUAUGAUGGACGCUACUGGACCAUGUGGAAGCUGCCUAUGUUUGGCUGCACUGACUCUGUUCAAGUGUUGAAGGAGCUUGAUGAGGCUAAGAAGGCGUACCCCAAUGGAUUCAUCCGAAUCAUCGGAUUCGACAAUGUUCGCCAAGUGCAGUGCAUCAGCUUCAUUGCCUACAAGCCAGCAGGCUACUAAAUUUGAUGAAGAAAAGAUUUGCAAAUCAUUUGUAGCCACCUCACUUUGUUUGUACUUAAACCAAUUUCCCAUUUGUUUUUGCUUUUGGAGAUUUCAUCAUCCUGUAUUUUUGGUUUCUGUUUUCGGAUUUCCAAUGGAAAUGAAUGGAUGAGAACUAAUGAAUAAGUUGUUGUUGUUGCUUUGUUUCCAAAUCACUUCAACAACCCCCUGUCCUUGGAUUUCCCUCUACUGGGUUGCAAUUGAAUUCUUCACUAAAUUGAACUUA